AUGCCCACCAUUCAUCUAACUCUAGCUCCUCUUCUCCUCCUCGCCGCGGUCUUCCUCUCCACGGAUGUAACCGCUCAGUCCGCAGCUCCAGCUCUUAGCCAGGCUGGUCCCAUCAAUGUCACGGCCAUCCUCGAAAAAGGCGGUCAAUUUGUUACUUUUAUGCGUCUUUUAAACAUAACGCAAGCCGGAAACCAAAUCAACAUCCAAGUCAACAGUUCAUCUGAAGGCAUGACCGUGCUCGCACCAACAGACAACGCCUUUGAAAACCUUAAACCCGGAACACUGAACAAGUUAAGCCCCGACGACCAAGUCAAGCUCGUUCUUUACCAUGUUAGUCCCAAAUUCUACUCAUUGGACGAUCUUCUCUCCGUAAGUAACCCGGUCAGGACUCAAGCUUCAGGGCGAGAUGGUGCGGUUUACGGGCUUAACUUCACCGGUCAAGGGAACCAAGUCAACGUAUCAACCGGUGUCGUUGAGGCACGUGUCAAUAAUGCAUUAAGACAAGAACUUCCUCUUGCGGUUUACGUGGUGGACAUGGUUUUGUUGCCGGAAGAGAUGUUUGGAGAAGACAAGAUCUCACCGCCACAGGUGGCUCCUGGUCCGGAACCAAAAUCUCCUGGUCCUUCAGAUGACUCAGGUGACUCAGACGACUCCUCUACGAAAGCUGCGGCUCCGUCGGAAAAUUCUGGCUCCAGUGAGAUGAAGGCUGGCUUAGGGAAAAUGAAUGCUACAAAAGUCCCAAAGAUUCCUGGAUCACCUCUGCUCUCUGCAUUGCUCAAAGUCAGUGUUAUUGGUGGAAUUGGAGCUUAUGGUAUCGCUAAUAGCAUCUACAAUGUCGAAGGAGGACAACGCGCCAUCGUGUUUAACCGGAUAACCGGAAUCAAAGAGAAGGUUUAUCCAGAAGGUACACAUUUCAUGAUACCUUGGUUUGAAAGACCAAUCAUCUACGAUGUUCGUGCAUUGCCUUUCGAAGUGACUAGCGACACAGGAAGUCAUGACCUUCAAAAGGUGACAAUUGGGCUUAGGGUUCUUCAUCGUCCAAUGGGAGAUCGCUUGCCGCUUAUCUACAGGCAACUCGGUGAGGAUUACAAGGAAAGAGUUUUCCCUUCCGUCGUCAAUGAGACUCUCAAAGCAGUUGUGGCUCAGUACAAUGCGAGCCAGCUCAUUACACAGAGAGAAGCUGUGAGCAGGGAGAUACGCAAGAUUCUGACAGAGAGAGCAGCUAAUUUCAACAUUGCUCUUGAUGAUGUCUCAAUCACAAACCUCACGUUUGGCAGAGAGUUCAGAGAAGCCAUCGAGGCGAAACAAGUCGCGGCUCAGGACGCAGAACGUGCUAAGUUUGUUGUCGAGAAGGCCGAGCAAGACAAGAAGAGUGCUGUGAUCCGAGCUCAGGGAGAAGCAAAGAGUGCUCAACUCAUAGGUGAAGCUAUUGCAAACAAUGAAGCUUUCAUCACUCUGAGGAAAAUUGAAGCUGCAAGAGAGAUUGCUCAGACUGUAGCUAAAUCAGCUAACAAGGUUUACCUCAGCUCCAAUGAUCUUUUGCUUAAUCUCCAAGCAAUGAACUUGGAGCCUAACACUAACAAGUAG